GGAUUGUUUUGUUUGUUGUGUUAUCUCAAAAAAGUGAAAAAUGACAGAUGACGAUAAAAUCGGUACUCUUACUGAUGAAGCUUUAAAAAGAAAAGAGAGAUUAGCAGCAUUAAAAAGAAAAAAUGAAGUAUCUAAUGAAAAACUUGAACCUUCAAAGAAACUUCCAACACCAAAAUUUCGAAGUUAUAGACCACAGGAUGAAAGUUUAAAAGAAAAAAUAUUAGACGAUGCUAAACCAGGUGAUGUAGAAUCUGAAGUUGCGGAACAAUUAAAAGCAGCUACUACAAAAGCUGUUAUCGAAGAACUUGAUAUUCAUAAUCUAGCACCUAGAAAGCCUGAUUGGGAUUUAAAAAGAGAUGUUGAUAAGAAACUAGAAAAAUUAGAAAGGCGUACACAAAAAGCAAUAGCGGAAUUAAUCAGAGAUAGAUUAAAAAUGACUCAGGAAGAUCUUGCAAGUGCAGUUAAUGUAGGAACAAAAACACACGAUAAUGGAAACUAAAAGAAAUAGUAUAAAUUUACUUUUUUAUAUUAUUAAUUUUAAUAUUUUGUAAAUACGCAUUUUCUGUAAUUAUAAAUUAAUAUUUUAACACAA